CCCGCGCGGGCGGACUACAGCUCCCGCCGUGCCCCGCGCGCUGCGCUCGGAGCGGCUGCUCGCAGCCGAACCCGCACCCGCUGCCCCCCGCCCCGCAGCGGCCGCCGCGCCUACGCCAGCACCCGGCUUCGCCCGCGGCCUACUCCGGCUCCUCGCCAUGGCGCGGCCCCUUGUGCCCAGCUCGCAGAAGGCGCUGCUGCUGGAGCUGAAAGGGCUGCAGGAGGAGCCCGUGGAAGGGUUCCGGGUCAACUUGGUAGAUGAGGGGGACCUCUACAACUGGGAGGUGGCCAUCUUCGGCCCCCCGAACACCUACUAUGAGGGCGGGUACUUCAAGGCUCGUCUCCGCUUCCCCAUCGAUUACCCCUAUUCUCCUCCUGCCUUUAGGUUCCUAACCAAGAUGUGGCACCCCAAUAUCUACGAGACUGGUGAUGUCUGCAUCUCCAUCCUGCACCCACCCGUGGACGACCCCCAGAGCGGGGAGCUGCCCUCCGAGCGGUGGAACCCUACCCAGAACGUGCGGACCAUUCUCCUGAGUGUGAUCUCACUGCUGAAUGAACCCAACACCUUCUCUCCAGCCAACGUGGACGCCUCCGUCAUGUACCGCAAGUGGAAGGAGAGCAAGGGGAAGGACCGGGAGUACACAGACAUCAUCAGGAAGCAAGUCCUGGGCACCAAGGUGGACGCCGAGCGGGAUGGCGUGAAGGUGCCCACCACCCUGGCAGAGUACUGCGUGAAGACCAAGACUCCAGCCCCAGAUGAGGGCUCUGACCUCUUCUAUGAUGACUACUACGAAGAUGAUGAGAUGGAGGAGGAAGCAGAGAGCUGCUACGGCGACGAGGACGACUCUGGCAACGAGGAGUCCUGAUGGCCCUCUGGCCCCUGCAAAACUUGCUCACAAACUACUGAAUUUUUACCUCAACUAGGACAAAAAAAAACCCCAACAAAAAACCCAACA